ACCGUGACAGUGGAGUAGAGAUGAGAGCUUGACAUGCUUGGUCUCUUCCAUAACAAGCUUCCAACUUACAAGCAGCACUUGUCCUUCAAGCAAUUAAGGCGCACAGAAAACAUUGAUGGCGGAUUUAUUACCCCCUAAUAGAAGCACAUGACGUUUUUUCUCCUCCUUUUUUUGUGUGGAAAAGUUGACCUCCUGAAUUGUUUUAAAUGAAUGUGUGGUCGGAUUUGGAAAUGCCCAAACCUUUAGCGCACAUCAAGAGACCCAUGAACGCGUUCAUGGUGUGGUCCAGGGGUCAGAGGCGCCAGAUGGCCCAGGACAACCCAAAGAUGCACAAUUCGGAAAUAAGCAAGAGGCUGGGCGCCGAGUGGAAAAAGCUCAGCGACUCCGAGAAGCGUCCUUACAUCGACGAGGCCAAAAGGCUCCGGGCGCAACACAUGCGAGAACACCCGGACUACAAGUACAGACCUCGGCGCAAACCCAAAACUCUUCAAGCGGAGCGCCUCGUUUUCCCGCAUGUGGAGCCCUUGAAGGGAUUCUCCGUGGACUCGUCCUUUCUCAUCCACGGGGAUAAACCUCCCACUCUCCUGGCGCCGUCCCCCGUGAGACAUCUCCAUCGGAUGGCCGAGUUCCAGCCGCCUCUGAGCGGCUACAGCGCACCCGCCUUCGGGUACCACUCCGGGGCGGUGGUCGGGGGUUUGGCUUGUCUCGGACAGCACACCCACGCGUCGCCUGGUAGCCCCUAUGUGGUGCCGUGCAACUGUGGAGCGUGGUCGGCGGCCGGUGUGCAGCCUCAGGUGGCUUACAUUCUACUCCCGGGAGGGAUGAGCAAGAGCGGCGUGGACGCGUACGCAGCACCCGGAGCCAGUGCGUAAAUGACCAGUGCGUAAAUGGAGUGCAGGCGGGGACACCAUCAUUGAGAAAUCGUUGCUGGCUAUAGAGACGAAUGAAGUUGGUUGUGAAUAACUUUUCAGAGCAAUUCCGUGAAAUUGGAUAAUUUCCCAAGGUUUGCAGUGACUGCUUUAAAAGGGUUAGAAUCUGGACACGCCCCCUCCACGACUUUGGUAUUGUUUCGAGUCUUUGUUGUCUCUGUCAAAAAA